CCGGCUGCCUCUCUCGGACGCAGCUCGCCGCAUUGUUUCGUUCAGCCGGGCCUUCACGCCGAAACCCUUCCCCUCUUUCUCCGGGUUCCGGCGGCGGCGGCGGCGGCGAAGAUGAUCAUCCCGGUGCGCUGCUUCACCUGCGGCAAGGUGAUUGGGAACAAGUGGGACCUCUACCUGGACCUCCUCCAGGCUGACUACACGGAGGGAGAUGCUCUGGAUGCUUUAGAAUUGGUCCGCUACUGCUGCAGGCGAAUGCUCAUGACCCAUGUUGAUCUCAUUGAAAAGUUGCUCAACUACAACACAUUGGAGAAGACUGAUACAAGCUAAGAGAACACGCCAUGCUCCACAAUCACCUACUGUUUCUUAGUAUCAUAGAGUGUGUGUGGUAUGUUGUUUCUUCUGUACCAGGAGAGGCUGGUUGUGAGAUGAUAAUGUUAAUUUGGUUUGCUCAUGAAUGAGGGACGUUUGAUGUGUCGGUGCAUGUUGCAUCUAUGCUAUGAACUUGCGAUGCUGUCAGAUAUUUGAACUUUGAAGCGAUAUAACUGUUGACCAAAAUCUACUCGUACAUUCGUGUGGAUUGGAGCGGUAAUGUUUUUGUUGUCAAA